GGCAUCAGGUACGGGGUCAUCAUAGCCACGCCCUUUAAUCCUGGCAGUGCUGAGCCAGGCCUUCUGAACGGGCACUGGGCACCGAGCCAGCCAGCUGUCUCGCAGUGGUGAAGAUGGCAGAGGAAGAGGGCAGUAUGGAGGAGGGGGAUGUGUUCCUAGCUUUCGCCCAGGGUCCCACCCCUCCUCGGGGGCCCCUGCGGCGUGCUCUGGACAAGAUCUUUCUCACCUUCCUGGUCCUCUUCCUGACUCUGCUGAUGCUGGAGGCUGCUUACAAGCUGCUGUGGCCCCUGCCAUGGGCGACGUUUCGGGACUGGCUCCUGCAGACACCCGAGGAGGAAGGGGCGCUGGAACUCUGA